CGAGGCUGGAGCUAGGAAGACACCGGAUCCCAAUUUGACGACUUCUUUCUGGUUUCGAGUCCAUUUUCUCUGCUCGUGGAAAAUUUAGCUUAGAAGAAGGAGAUGGGUACGGUGGAACCCAGUUUGGAAGAAUUGUUGGAGCAGAAGAAGCGAAUUAGGAGCCCUCUUUUUCCAGUCGGAGGGUUAAUGCAUCAAACUUUGGUAGGAUUAUCAGUUCUUCAAUCUUGAUAGUAAUGGCUCAAAGCAGCAGUAGGCAAUUCUUUUUUCAAUAGUGGGCAUAAAUUUCUUGAUGGUAAAUUUUUGAAGAUAUUGGAGGGAGAGGCGUAAUGCUUAAUUAAUUCUCUGUAAUUUCCUGGGCCGGUAGAUUUCUUGCCUCCUUUCGGCAUUUUAAAUUGCUAUUGUGUUUAAAUUGCUAUUGUGUUUAAAUUGCUAUGAAAAAUCUCUAAACCAGCAGCAAGUAUAUUGUAAUAUCCACAACCCCUUUCUUUUCGUUCUUAAAAACUAGUGGUUUAAUUAUUAUGGUUCAGUUUGUUUGACGUUUGUGAGUUCAACAGGUGCUCUUAUGACUGCAGGGGUGCUUAGUGCUGGAUUAAUCAGUUUUAGGUGAGGCAAUUCCCAUUUGGGUCAGAUGUUAAUGAGAGCUAAGAUUGGUUGUUCAGGCGGCUACAGUGCAUUUAUGGUUGGCACAGCAUGCUACUACAGUGGAAAUCCCUGGAAAUCGGGUUAGAUUCUAUAACUUGCUUCCAGUUUUUCAAAGUUUGAUGUAAUUCUUACCUGAAAAGCAUACCACAUAUUGAUAUAGGGGAACAAUAUUCCUCGUUGGAAAACUUUUUUCCUGCAACCAAACAAAUUUUUAGAUUAAUU